GGCGUCACGUGGCUGGGCGUCGCGUGACCGUCACCCGGAAAAGCAAGAUGGAGGGGCGGGGCCGGUGAGCGCCGGGCAGCUGCCGCCACUAUGUCCACCAGGAGGCUGCGCAGCGAGGACUACGACGACUACAGCUCCACAGAGGCUACGCCCGAUGGGAGCCCCCCCGAAGGCAUAAACGGCUUUGUCGCUCCUGCAGCCUACCAGCGGUUCGGGGAGAGCAACGGGACAACAUGGUUUCAAACCUUGAUCCACCUGGUGAAAGGGAACAUUGGCACUGGCCUGCUGGGACUGCCUCUGGCUGUGAAAAACGCUGGCAUCGUGCUGGGCCCGCUCAGUUUGCUGGUGAUGGGAAUUGCCGCAGUGCAUUGUAUGGGCAUCCUGGUUAAAUGCGCUCACCACUUCUGCAACAAAUAUCAAAGGCCUUUUGUGGACUAUGGAGAUGCUGUGAUGUACGGGCUGGAAGCCAGCCCUAUCGCCUGGCUUCGGACCCACGCCAUCUGGGGAAGGUACAUAGUGGGAUUUUUCUUGAUUCUCACCCAGCUGGGGUUCUGCUGUGUGUAUUUCGUAUUUCUGGCUGACAAUCUGAAACAGGUGAUCUCUGCAGCAAAUGGCACCACCAAUGACUGCCAUUCCAACAAAACCACGGCGCUGACUCCCACCAUGGACUCCCGGUUGUUCAUCCUCUCCUUGCUGCCGUUCCUGGUGCUGCUCGUGUACAUACAGAAUCUCAAGUUCCUGUCCAUCUUCUCCAUGCUGGCCAACCUCGCCAUGCUGAGCAGUCUCCUCAUGAUAAACUGGUAUAUCCUCACGGGCAUUCCGGAUCCCAGCAACCUGCCUCUCGUAGCGGGCUGGAAGACCUACCCUCUCUUUUUCGGCACGGCUAUCUUUGCUUUCGAAGGUAUCGGCGUGGUGCUCCCCCUGGAAAACAAAAUGAAGAAUCCCCGGCACUUCCCAGUGAUCCUGUAUGUGGGAAUGGCCAUAGUCACCAUCUUGUACAUCAGCCUGGGGACCUUGGGUUACCUGCGAUUUGGAGCCAGCAUCCGGGCCAGCAUUACUCUCAACCUGCCCGACUGCUGGCUGUACCAAUCUGUCAAGCUGCUCUACUCCAUUGGGAUCUUCUUCACCUACGCGCUGCAGUUCUACGUCCCUGCUGAAAUCAUUGUGCCCGGGGCUGUUUCCCAGGUGCCGGAGCGCUGGGCACUGUGGGUCAACCUGCUCCUCAGGACGUGCCUCGUCUGCGUGACAUGCCUGCUGGCAAUCCUGAUUCCCCGCCUGGACAUCGUCAUCUCUCUGGUGGGCUCUGUGAGCAGCAGUGCUCUCGCCCUCAUCAUCCCUCCCCUGCUGGAGAUCACCACCUAUUACUCAGACGGUCUCCACCCCGUCACCAUCGCCAAAGACAUCCUGAUCAGCGUCCUGGGCUUUGCGGGGUUUGUGGUGGGCACUUACGAGUCCCUUUGGGCACUGGCCACCCCCCCCAUUUCCAACAUCACCAGUGCCUUGGUACAUUGACCCCUUUUCCUUCUCCCGCUCCACCCCAGCAACGCCGCUCACUGGGUGUUCAUCAGGGUCAUGGCAGCGAAUCUCCCUUCCUUCUCUUUCAGGGCAUUUGUCCAGGAGAAAUGAGGGUGAGUGCCCAGCCAGAAAAGACAGGACCCUGAUUCCCUUUCCCUCUCCUCUUAGCGUGCAGUUCCCACUUUGGGGGUCUCAUUGCUUGGGUCUGGGAGCCCUGCAGAGAUGACUUGCGGCCCCUGGUUGGGAUGGAGUGCCUUCCUUUGCUCCACCGGGAUCCUUCUGACAGAUUCAGAUGACAGUGUCGAGGUACUGCAGUUUGAAGUGAACAUGCUUCUAGACUAUAGAGUACCAAGGGGAGGGGAGAAACCUUUGGGCUCUUUCAGGGAUCUAGACAACUGCUUCACAACCAAGGGUACCUCUGCCCUUCCAAACUCCCCUCUGCCCAGAAAAAGAGAAUCUGAGUCUUUUCUGGUGCCAACUCUUUUUUUCAGCACUUUAAUUCAUGGCAACAGAGCAGCUCCAGCCAGUGAGUGACACAUUAGAGCCCUCAUCCCUAAGAGCUGUAGAACCUGGAAAGUUACAGUGACGACAAGGGGAAAAGGGAGCAGGAAACUGCACAAGGAGAAUGAAUCUCUUGUGUGCGCUGCCCUGGCAGGCUGAUGUCACAGCCCCGUCUGACACUCGCUGUGUGUAAGCCGGGCCUCAGUGGGUAGAGCGCUCCCUAGCUUGAGGAGCCAAACACAUGAGCAUUAGAUGGCAACGUUUAUUGGAAGCCGUGUUACAAACCCCGUCUGGGCCUAGAUCCCCUUGCCACACCCCAUCUCCGGCUCCGUCCAUUCUAGGUAGUGUGGGAUGAGGCAAGUCUGUGUGUCUGGGUUUCAGAGAGGAAUGGGGGGAUUGUGCUAAAUCCCUGACUUAAGUUUAGUUGUGAUUCUCACCCCCCCGGACUCUGUCCAAGGGAUGUGGGCUUUAUCGAAAGCACUAGGAACAAGGUACCCCCGGAGCAGGCUGGGAGGGUGUCUGCGGCUCCAAAGUACUUAACUGCUGAGGCAGUUAUUUUAUUCUUGAACUAGGAGCCCACUUUCCUUUACACCUUUUCUUCAAAAAAAAGGGCAUGGGACAGGGCUGUCCCCUUGUCAGUACUUUUAAUCUCACUCCCCUUCCCCCUGGAACGCACCCUGCCUACAAGGGAUGUCUUGUGUUUACACCCACCAUAGCUACGCCCCUGCUGGGCGGUGCUACCUCACUGUUUGUGUUAUAGCACUGAAUCAUGCCAAGGAGAACUGAAGGCACAUUGUUCUAAUGAGCCUGCAUUCCUCUUCUCGUCCCUUGUGGAUCUAUCCUUUGUUCUCCGGCUAGUUAAGUUGGGGUCCCACCACUUGCUAGGUAGGAAGAAGCGUUAUCUGUUUUACCCACUUGGUUUGAUUAGUGAGGGAAGGGAGCUGUCUCUUUUGUGUUCCUCUUUCAUUCCUUUCCAUUUACUUCGCGCUCGAUCUCUAGACAGCGAUAAGCUGUUCAAAGCUUUGUCAUUGUCAUGCUUUGGUAAGGCGAGGGUGGACAGGACGCCAUAGCUCUCAUUCAUGCGGCUUGUAACCGUUUGUCAAUGACCAAAGGACUAGAGUACGCGAUCUUGGACCUGGUGGAGGCUUGGACUUAAAAAUCUCUUCCUUCCGGUUAGCGUAAGAGGAAGGCAUCACUCACGUCUGAAUGAAAGUGCUAAUGAAUGGAGUGUACAUAGAGCGACGGCUGGAAAUCAAAUAGCGUCCCAGUGUGCGCUUCAGCACGCAGACCCAUCCAGGAUGACUUUGUAGGGAUUUAUUUUUUAGCUUUACAUUGAUUUUUAAAGGCGCCGCCGACACCUCAGCAGGAUGGUUAGUUAAUCGCAUGUCUAAAAGAAAGCACAGUCUGAACAUGCAUUGGACUGAACUUAUUUAUUUGCUAGGGUGGUUUUUUUUUUUUGCAAGGCAGGGCCCAUGUAUAUUCAUCUUGAAAAGAAGCUUGGAAGCCAGACUUGCAGCAGGUGAUCAACAGAGGUUUGUUCCCAAAGCCCUGUGCUGUAAUAUGAAUGGUCAGAAGGGACGGUUGAUGCUGUCUCUAAGCCAUCCAAAACCGCUGAGCUCUUGGACUAGUGUAGCAAUGGAAAGCUCAGUCUAUACAAUGGCUGGAGCAUUUCAUUUAAUUAGAACGGGAGCAGGGUUUGAUUUCCCCUUGGCUGCAAAGUGGCUGUCGUAGGUAACUAGCAGGGCCUAGCUGCUAACCUCUGCAGCCUUAACGCAGGCCUGGAAAUGGAGUCCAUGUGCUUUUUCUUUUUUUAAUGGCAAUUCUAAAACACGGUCGGCAGGUCCUGCUGCACCCAAGAGGUUGGGUUAUGAAUACUUGACCCGAGGGCUUUACUGGAAGAUGUUGAUUUAUGCUGUGGCAGUACCAAGGGUUGGUUUUAGAGGGUACACUGGUAAAUGGGGCUUAUUGUGCUUUUGCACUCCCCAAAAGCUGCUUCUGUCUCCAGGAGCCCUUAGGGAGCUGUUUAGGAAGCAAUUGUGGACCUACAUUUUCUGUGCUGCUCUCUCCAUGUACAUUCCUAACACAGAUGUUUUCACUUAAAUGGAGAGUUCACUUCCUUCAUCAGCUCCUGUUACUCAGGUUGUUUCCUGAAGCAAACAACUCUUCACAGAGCAUUGUUCAUAUCCCCUUGAAAACAGCCUGACCAAAACAGUGCAUAUUGGCACCUCUCCAACCCCUGGUGUGGGCCAAGCUUCUUUUCCACUCCCUAUCACCUCUCCUUCAAAGCCUCAGUGUGUCCUCCCCAGGGGCACACCUUUCCUUUAGAGAUCCCCUCUCCCACCCCACAGAUACCCUGCUCUCGCUGCAGCCAAUGGAUUCUAGGAACAGGUCCCAGCUGGUCCGAGAGCCAGCCCUGGUUUCGGCAAGGAACACCGUGACUGGGUUGAACUGAACUUGAGGAAAUAUAGGCAAAUCUGGCAUGCUCGCUUCUUGUUUCUGACACUGGAGAACAGCGGGGCUUACAGUUCUCUGGUGCUUUAGACCUCUUUGGAGAGAAGACAAAAUGUCAGGAUGAGAAGCCAUCUGGAGAUGAGCUCCCAUACAUAAACUGCCCCCGGGUCCUUGCUAUUGUACAGAGGCUACUUACGUAGCCUCUUUCCUCGCAAUUCAGUCGCAGUAUAGAAAUUGCGUUCAGUUCAGCACAGGGUGCAUACGUUGUCGAGACCUGUACACCAGUGUGCCCAGGCCUGGGGUCUUCCUGCAAGAUUGUCAAGCCGGUCGUGGGGUGGUGUAGCUUUUUUUUUUUUUUUUAAGCUGCAGGUCUCCCCCUUUACAUUUUUACUGCCACUCGCAUCCUUGGAGCGCCUGCUGCUGCAGAGCAAAACCUGCCGAAGGUCAUAGCAAGCCCAGCAGCCAGUGAGGGCUUAUUACUGUUUACUUAGGGGACGCUCUUGAGUUGCCAGUUGAUGUCUAGCUUGAGUGUCCCUUUUAAGAUCAAGGACCCGACCCUGGUGUCGCUUGCUUUGGUGUACAGCUCAAGUAACGGCCCUGAGAUCAGUGUGAGCGAGAUCAGGAUCAGCAGGCUCCUGUUCCAUGGAACUGCACUGGGGAAUGGAGCCUGACGUGCACACUACAUAUGGCAAGAGUGCAAUGUGUAAAAGAUCAUUGUAUAUAGAACUUACGCUGGUGUCUGAUUUCAUUACUGACAUGCAAAAUCAUUGGGCCUCACCUUUCCUACCCAGCAUCAUUGCAUGCUGGAGGCUUGGGGAACACUCUCUUGGCUUUGUCUUCUGUUUGAUGGAAUGUUGGCAGCAACUGAUAGCCGCUACCUCCUGCUAUCGGCAGGGCUCUCCUUGCCCGCCAGCCAGCGUAAGGAUUGUUACAUCUAAUGGAACACUCCCCCGCCACUCCCACCCAUCCACAUAUGCUGCUCUUGGCCACUAGGCAGUCCUGAUUGACCACUGAGCGGUGUCUCUUCUCCAUUUUCCCUGGUAGAAGUGACAGUUCAAAUUAACCCCAGCACUGCAUCAACCUCCCCUCCCUCACGCCAUGUAAAAGACUAAUGUCAGGAUGAUUGCUAAUGGGACAUGUACCGCUGGGGGCGAUAACAUGUCGUCUGUGUCCUCUUUCCCCACCUCCAUUUCAAAGCUCUUUCUGUUGUCAGCCCUGAGGUGAUGCGACACGGUACAGCUCCGGGGGCUGGCUCAGUGGGCACUCUUGCACAGAACACAUUAUAGAUUAAAUACAACGUUGCAGAGCACUUGGAUAACACGGGAUUAUUUGCUCUCUGAAUAUUAGCAGCUUGCUGCUGGUUCAGAAGAGGAGGGAAAACAAUUUUGUUUGUAGUAACGGCCUUGGCCAUAUAAUCAUGUUUAGAGGGAUAUUGCAGAAGUGGCCCCUGGUCGCAUUUGACGUGCAUAUCAUGCUGUCCCUCUUCACUCCCAGUGGGGGGCUAGUUCUGGUGUGGCGCCACAUCGCCAAUCACGGGACUGAAAAGGGCAUUUCGUGGCAGAGCAGAGGGAAGGAGUGUGUGACAUGCCCAUCUGCAAUGGUCAAGAAACCCGGGACAAAAUUCCACUUUAGAUCUACCCCUGGAGUAACUCCAUUCACAGUCAGUGGAGUUGUGCUGGCUUUACCCCUGAUGAGAACAGCAUUUGGUCCCUGGUGUUCAGAAUGAAUGGUUGACCCGGCAGUUCAAAUAGCUGUGAAUUUAGACUAAUCAGCGCUGAAGUCCUCGCAUUUGAGGUGCUUGUAGAUUCUUAUGAUCAGGACAAUGUUGUUCAAAUUUUUUUGAUUAGCUUAAAUGUUGGGCCUUUCCGCUAUAUUUAAAUGAAAAUGAAGGGGUGGGGAGCAGGGUGCAUUUACCUGGAGUUACACUUAUCCAUGGAAUGACCUGAAUAAUUGCGGAGUGAAGUGUAUUUUGACAUAAGGUAGUCACAGCCAGCAUUGGACUGGAAGAUCAGUGAGACCUACCAUUUAACUUCUACAUUGGCAGCAGGUCAGUGACCAGGGAAAGUGUGUGUGUAAAUAUAUUUGGGGUGUGUGUGUGUGUGUGUGUUUUUGUGCCAGCAUGUAUGUAUAUUGCCAGUACACAGUAUGUAUAUCUGCCCAGUGAAAGAACUUAUUUGUAUUUGGUGCUGUACCUGGAUCAUGUAUUCUGUUAUUUUAUUCAAUAAAUAAGAUCUAUUUUUAUUUUA